AUGGAAUCCCAUCUUCCUCAAGAGGGGUCGUCCACAGCCCCCCAAUCUUCUCACAACGUAGCUAAUGAGAAGCAACCCUCAAAGGGACCUUUCAAUGCAGAUCUAGCGUGGAUUCGGGAAACGCUCGAACAACUUGAACAGUUGAACAUAUCCAAGCCUCACGUAUUCCCUCCAUCUAGUCGAAACCCUCAGGGGACUUCAUACUACGAUUCCGUUGCGCUGGACGCCCCUAAUCCUCGUUUAAAGGAAGUCGAUGGCCAGAAGGAAGUAGACUAUCAGCAGUCGAAGCAGUACUGGGAGGAAUACAAUACACAUUUCGAACCGCGCGAGACAACCCUGGAAGAUACUCGGGAGUUAUUAUUCCGUUGUUUACGAUUGAAUGUGUUCGACAUCCGUCAAUAUGGCCUCACGAUGACGAGACACAAACUCAUUUCGGAAGAUUUCCGCAGCUUGUUACCAAGCCCUCUGUACCUAGAGUACUGGCAGGCUGAUGGGAUCUUUGGAUAUUCGGCUGGGAUCUUCCCCGACUACACAGAAUUCAUCGAAAAAUGCGAGCGUUACUCGGAAAGUCAAUAUAGACACACGUUAAUGGGCCAAUUGAUGCGGAGUUAA